CACCAAAUAACCAUCUAAUGAAACAGGGAAGAAAGCUGUUGGCCAAACGAAACUCCCAUCAUCAGGUAAUUCCAUGAAUCGCAAUUCGAACCAAACUGAAGUACUUGACAAUUACAAGGUGGAACCUCGGACAAAAGGAGCUUUUUGAGAUCGAUCUCUCAUCGCAAUUCAUAACUUCACUCUGGCCCUUUUGGUUGUCCUCGAGGGGUGGGUCCUGGGCUGAGUGGGCAACCUCCUGAGAGUUGACGUGUGCAGCUAGCUGAGGCAGCAGAGAGCUUCAACGGAUGUCCUUGAGUUUGGGCAAUCUUUCGAUAUUUUCGCCGCGUCAUCCAUUAGAAUUAUCGCCAAGUGAAAAUGGCAGAUCUCCUUUACGAGCUUUUGUCCCCUCCCUCAGGGGACCCAUCAUCCAGGCCAGCGCCCGAUCCAAGCUCACUCGAGUAUCUCACCAGUCUCUCAUCACAACCUCUCACAGCAUUGGAGACAACCGAGCCACAAGCCCUCGCCCAGACUUCACAUGGUCUCCUUCUAUCCAUUCAGGCUCUUUCAAAGAAGUCCCACAAGCAAGUCAUCGAAUCAGCAACCCACCACUCCACCCUCCGCACCAGCCUACCUGCCCUCGCAGCCAGCACCGCCGACCUGCGACAUUCCAUCCCCAAGCUCGAUCACGAAGCCGUCCGCUUCUCGACAAACUACAGCAAGUCCAGCGAGAGCGAUGUCCUCCUCCGGCGCAAAAAGGCCCUCUUGCUCUCUCGGAAUGUCGAGCGGCUUGUCGACGUGCUGGAGCUGCCCAAUCUUCUCUCAACAGCCAUCUCCACUGCCCCAGUCAACUACUCCUCUGCCCUUGACCUGAACGGCCACAUUCGCCGUCUGCACUCGCUGUACCCGGACUCACCUCUCGUCACCUCCAUCGCCGCCCAGGCAGAUGAGGCCAUGCGCACUAUGGCCGCCAACCUCAUCCAAAGUCUAAAAUCCCCAGGUCUCAAACUAGCUGCUUCUCUACGCACGAUUAGCUGGCUUCGGCGCGUUCUUCCUGACCUGGAGGCUGCCGGCACAAGCAAGGGUCACGACUCUCAAGAACGGGUGCUGGGGGCCCUCUUCUUGGUCUGCCGACUAGCGACGCUGGUGAACAUGCUCGACGCCUUGGAACCACUACGUGACUUGGCCGACCAGGAAAAGGCGAGGCAAAAGGCGAUUGGAAGCGGGAAUGCCUGGUCGGGCGGGCAGCAAACGGAGCGGUACCUCAAGCGGUACAUUGAGAUCUUCCGUGAGCAGAGCUUCGCGAUUGUGAGUAUGUUUAGGAGCAUAUUCCCCCCUGCUGCCCCAAAGGGGAAUGGAAAUGAGGGUUCGGAUGAUCCGUUGAAGCAACAAGAUGCGCUGGAACCCAUGCCGGCUGCAUUGGCGACGUUUCCGCUACAUUUGGUGGAUAUGCUGUUGGAAACACUGAGGCUGUAUUUGCCCACAGUGAAGGAUCAGGCCUCAAGGGAUAGUCUGCUGACGCAGGUCCUUUACUGUGCUGGAAGCUUGGGAAGGCUGGGAGGCGACUUUGGGCUGUUCUUGGCCAGCCUGGAUCUUGGACCGGAAGCGGAGGAGGAGUGGGUGGAGGUUGUAAAGAGGCAUAGGGCUUUGGCUGGAAGGCUGGAGUCGAUUGUGGGGGAUCAGAAGAAAUGAGAAAACCGCCUGGAUGAACACCCAAUCUACCAAUAUCCAAUCAAACUAGAGCUUCUCGACCCGAGACUUACACAAUACAACUAAUCAGGAUUUGGUGUUCAGGACCCCCCAACUAACAACGGAAUGUCCGACGGGGAUAGGUAUAUCGACACAUGAGGGACCAUAAAUUUGCAGACAUUCCUGGUCCUACCACUUAUAUUCUCACUAGGGGCCCUUUGUUUACCUUGUGUUCGAACAGUAUAUCUCUCCAAAGAUUGGCCCUCUUCAAAAGAGGUUGAAAGUGGGCCUACCUUAACUUGAGGCCGCUUCCGGGGCCCCGGCCUGUUCGGUCUUUGGUGGAGCCAGUUAGCGGCCCCGCAGCGGC